AUGAGAUUCUUUGAAACUUUAUUAUUCGCCAUCACUUGGUUGACUUUGCAGGUUGCUGCUGCUCCAGUAAACAAGAGGUUUUUCGCCCCAUCUUCACCAGCUUUCUCUUUGAUUGCUAUACACAAUGGUACUACCUUCAAUUCAAACUUGGUUAAAUUUAAUGGUUCUGCUAUCAAAUUAGGUUCAGACGACAAGGCUUUCUUUGGUACUAUUCAAGCUGACAAAGGUUACAUUUUGAACUUACCAUUCACCAACAACUCCAAUGAAACUUCAACUGUUAAUGUCGCUGUUUCCAACAAGACUCACUUGCUUUCGACCACCACCAAGAAUGGAUCCGCUAGUGAACACUUUGGUAUCACCAAUGGAUGGUUGUCAUACUUGAACUCAACUCAAUUUUUGGCUUGUCCAGAAACUGCUUCAAAUGCUACUUCUAACUCCACCUCAAACUCAACCAUUGAAUAUGAUCUUUUCUCAAACCCAUUGAACAAGACAAAGUGUGAAACUGGUAAAGGUUAUGAUGUUAAGUUGUUGGUUCAAUUGAGUGUUCCAAUUUCAUUCUCACCAGAAUCUAACUCUUUUGGAUUUUUCAAGAGAGACAACAUUGUCAAGAGAUUUAUUGACAAAUUGUUCAAAUAG